GGCCUCUAUUCACUUCAAAUUCAUUCAUUGCAUGCUGGCAUCAUAUUUCUGUUUUUCUGGUUCCAAACAUGCUUCUAAAGAAGUUUUCAACAGGGCAUUUCGCGGUGUACAUCAAGUCAUCACUGUAUUUUUUUUUUUUAAUCCCAUAAAACAUUAACCUCAUCAUUUGAAGACCUUUAUGUUGUAUCAACCUGGAAUUAUAAGUCUUGGCAUGAGACAGAAUGCUCUAAAGUCAGCAACACUUUCAAAGUUUAAAUACUAAUAAUUUAGUUUUUCUAGCACCAUUCAAAUUCAAGAUCAGUAUCAUCAAUCCAACUAAAAUGUGAAAUAAAAUGAUACAUUUGCCAUGUUAGUUUAAAUCAGUCUUGGUAAAGAUGUAAACGUAAUAUUUUAAUUUACAAAGAAAGCUAAUUUGGCAACAAAGACUCAAUAUGAUUUCAGUUAUUAAAUCAGUGUAGAAAAAGUGAAAAGAAUUUUUUGACAGUGUCUUGCUCCAUAUAACACAAGUUGUCUGUUCUGUGCAGAGAGGAAACUGUACCGACUGGUUGCUGUGAGUUUUGGAUUCCUGUGCAUCCUUCAAGCUGGCCUUAACGUUUCGUUGCGUCUUUAUCUGAAGAGUUCUGAAGACACCGACCAUAUUUUUAAAAAUAUGGCUGAAGAAAGAGACAAGUUGAGGAGGAAGUUGACCAUGUUUGGUGACCUUUCCCAACAAGGAUGGAUGUACUUCAACAAUAGUUUUUAUUACAUUUCUCCUUGGAAAAACUCAUGGGAUGACAGCCGAAGUGACUGUCUGCGGCGUGGUGCAGAUCUGGUGGUUAUCAACAGCAAAGAGGAACAGGAGAUGGAGAGGAAAUGGAAAUGGGUGGAUGGGACUCCACUGAUUAAGAGCUACUGGGGCACCGAUGAGCCCAACAGUCAUAAAGGCAGCGAUGAAGACUGCGGAGACAUAAAGUUCUUUGCAGAGGAAAAUGACUGGAAUGAUAAACCGUGCCACUUUAAAAAUGUCUGGAUGUGUGAAAAAACUGUGGCUUUGUGAGCAUCUGAACCCACCACGUAUGAAUCAUACAUCUAUCGCUUUUAGGUAAAGAUAACAGGAAAACAUUGUCUAUGGCCAAGCUGCAGUUAAAGUCACUCAUUAGCAUACCGGCACACUUUGUUCUCUGCUGUGAUUGCUCAUAAUCCAAAGAAUAGUCCUCUAAUUAAAGCCAAAAAGUGGUGUUUAUGAGUAAAAAGAGUCAUUUAAAUACUGCUAAAUUCUUCUUUUAUGAUAAAUAUGGCUCUGUUUUAAUGUUUAAUGGAUUUUGUCAAAAGUGUUAACAAGACCAAGUGUGUUUAAAAAUGUUUUUAUUGUUUGUGCUCAUCUAUGCUCAUGGACAUUUGCAGAUAUUGGCAAGUUCAUGAUUUAACAACAAAAAGUUCUUAUGAUAAUACAGCAUUUUUGAUAAUAUUAUAGCUGCACGUAUUUGAGACCAUGACUGCAGACUGCAUGUGACGAAUCUGACACUCAAAAACAAGUGAAUGUCUCUAACUAAUGUUUAGACACAGACUUUAUUUGAAUCAUCAUGUAAUGGAAACAUCGCACCCAACACUGAAUAAUAAUUUUAAAAUUUAACUUUCCACUUGAUGCUUCAUGUUUCCUUAAACGCAGCAUAAAUAUCAUGACACGAUGUUGCUUGACUGGUUGUCUUCAGCGUCACUGGUUGGUAUAAAUAAACUUUAUGAUUUUAAUGAAAA